GGCAAGUGCGCCUCCCUUCACCGCUGUUUGGCUUAUUCAUAGUUAGGGGUUUGGGUUUGGCUGUUUUUAAAAAGGCAAGCACUGCUGUGAAGUUGAUCAGUCUGCUCAAAAAACUUCCAGAGGGGAAAGUGUUUUGGACUCGGAAAGUCCAGAAUUUCAGUGCGCAACCAAUUGCGCACAAACUGGACUAUUGGAGAAUACCCAAGUGAAUCAUUUUUUUUAUAUGUAUAUAUUUAUAUAAAAAUCCACCGGAUUCUUCUUCAUCAUCUAUUUUUCAUCAAAGACUGUUUUUAUUUUCUCAUUUUUAAGACACUCCAACCUGUGCUUUCACUUUGCAUGCGGAGGUUUCACUCGAAUCUGAGCCAAACGCUCAUGCGCUCUCAUAUCUAGUUCUUGCUUCUUUUUCUUUUCUUUUUUUAAAAUAAUUAUUAUUAUUAAUUAAACCGGACCUCGUUCACUUUGAAACGAAGUAUGGCUCUUCUUGUGCUGGGUACAUUUCUCACGGCGUUGUCCAUCAGCGGAGGCUCUUAUGUGCCUUGCGCGCCGUGCGAUCAGAAGGCGCUCUCCAUGUGUCCUCCGGUCCCGGUGGGCUGUCAGCUGGUGAAGGAGCCCGGCUGCGGCUGCUGCUUGACUUGCGCUCUGGCGGAGGGGCAAGCGUGCGGGGUGUACACCGGUACAUGCACGCACGGACUGCGCUGCCUGCCGCGCAACGGCGAGGAGAAGCCGCUUCACGCCCUGCUGCACGGCAAGGGAGAGUGUACGAACGAGAAGGGAUACAAACCACCGCACCCACCCAUUGAUCGUGAAUCAAUAGAGCAUGAUGAUACAGUGAAGCCAGACACGACUGAAGACCAGAUUCCUAAAAUUCCGCUUUACCCCAAACCAGACGUAAUCCACAGCAAGAAGCAUGCUGCCGUGCGCAAGGACAAGAAGAAACAAUGUUUUGACUGA